CACAAAACUGGGUUCGAUUCGUGUUGAGGAAUAUGGCCAGUCCAAUAGAAUUCUGCGCAAUCGCGCGGGAAACUACGGUACUCGUGAGUCAUCGAGAGACGUCUUACGACUUCGAGUAUCUGCUCGCGGACGUGUUGCAAGAAAUCCCCCCACAUGCAGACUUCAAGACUACUCGGUCCCGUGGUGGGUAUGUCUUCCACCUAUUGGUGGAACAGGGGCUUAUCUACAUCUGUGCCACACUGCCAGAGGCCAGCAUGCACCAGUCAUUCACCUGUCUCUUCUUGAUAAAGCAGCGUUUCCUGGAGGGAAGCUUGUCAUCACGUGCCUGGACUGCACAGGAACAUGAGCUUGACAGAGACUUUGGCAGUGUCAUUGCUGAUAUCAUAAACAACUGCAACAGUGGACGAACGGGUGACCAGAUCUCACAGUUGCACCGCCAGGUGGAGGAUGUGCGCGGAAUUAUGGCACAGAACAUUGAGCGAGUAGUUGAGCGAGGUGACAGGCUUGACAGCCUUCUUGAAAAGACCCAGGACUUGGAGCAAGCGGGGACGGUAUUCCGAGCCACUGCCAAGAAAGUGAAUCGCCACAUGUGCCUUCGUAAUGCGCGCAUGAUGAUUGUCAUUGGAAUUAUAGUAGCUGGUGUGAUCACCAUAAUAACAUUGUUUGCAACAGGUGUCAUUAAGACAUAACUGCUCUUACUUCUAUGUUUAAAACUUUAUUCUAUGCAUACAAGUUUAAUGCAUGUUUCACUAUGAAAUUAAUCAUCUCAAAGUUGUGAAUUAACAUUGGAAAUUUAACUGGGCACCGACACAAGAAUUUGUCUUUGAGCCCCAAUUUGUUUGUGAUGCCAGGUACACCAUACUUUGCAGCGCAAUGGCUGCAGUGCCAGAUGUGACAUGCCCUGGUUAAUUAGUCGGUACGGAAGCAAUCGUUAUAAACGCCCUGUGCAUGUAAUUUGCUACUAGCUGAUGUUUGUCCUGAGCAUUCCACUGGAGAUAUUUUCUACCACAUAGGAUGCAUAAUUCCAAGUGACACAAGGGACCAAAUCAACUUUUUUUUUUAUGUCAGCUGUGCCUUUAAGUUAUGCUAAAUGUAUAAGGGGGAAAGGUAUAGGUGCAGUUAUUUGUCCAUGUCUGGGCGGUGCAGCCAACUAUAUUGUUGCACUUGAGAGGCCAUAAUUCUGCCAGGCAGAAACAAACAAACAAAGCUUGCAGUUAAUGUCAUACCAAUGGAAAUCUCUGCUGAUUUUUCUGCAGAGUUCUUGUAGUUGAAGGAAGAGUGACACAAAGUUUUGAGUCGAGAUACUGGCAUCAUUUGCCUUUUGUAUUCUAUCUGUACACCUAUAUUUUCUGUUCCUACAUGCUCUGUUUUGACGAAAUGGUGUGGCAGGACACUGGGCUUUCUGGUGCACAUCCAGUGCUCAUUGGCGAUUUGUGAUACCGUGUAUCACCAGCUAUGUCUACCAGGCAUCUUGCGACAUUAUGCUUCUCUGUGUACGGCUCAAAAUGAAAACUUAGAGUGACUGUAGCAAAAGACAGCAUAAUUUUUUAUUUCUUAUGUGCUGGAGAAAAUUAGGUUCGAUACCAUGAUUUUUUGGUUGAACAGCUGUUGUUUGCAGCAGAAAAACGAAAACCUACAUAAGCUUUUGCAUCAGUACUUAAUUUUCUUUAGUGUUGCAUAGUUGGUUUGGUGUUUUCUUUUUCAGUGUUUAACUGUCAUGCUAUAGUCAUUAAUUGAUGCAAUAGUAUUUAGCUUACUGUUUGUGUUGUCACAUUCAGUGUUUUGUGGUAUGGUAUCAUUUUAGUCUGAUUGCAAUAUAUAUACUAGUACCAAUAUAGGCAGAUACAUUUAUUUUGCACCCG